AUGAUCUUGAACGCCUAUCCGGGCUCGACAGCUGAAGUCAUUGACUAUCCGGCCGCAGGUAGCAUCGACGCGGCGUAUGUCUCUUCAGUGCAACAAGGAACACAGAACAUUGCAAAUCAGAACAACAACUUCAACAAGCAAUGCCCGAACACCAAAUUGGUUGUCGUCGGAUACUUCCAGGCAGCGAAAAUUGGGGACAAUGCCUUGUGUAGAGGUGGCGAUCCUGAUCACGGCAUCACGUACACGAAACCUUUGAUCUCCUCUGCGGCCCGCAAUCAGAUCGAAGCCGUCAUCUGGGCAAGGAAUCCCAGAAACUCGCUCGCCGAAACAUUCCAAUAUGGCAGUUGCACUGCAGGAGGGUUUGAUGCUCGUCCGGCUGGAUCCUCCUGCCCGACAUAUCAGUCUCGCAACCGCUCGUACUGCGACGCCUCUGAUCCAUACUGCUGCAACGGCAACAAUGCACUCGCUCAUCAAGGACACGGGUCAGAGUAUAGCCAGAACGCCUUAGCAUUCGUUCAGAGCAAGCUAGGAUAG